GGGAGACUCCAAACAGUGAGCCUGGAGCUGGAGAGCAGCGUUUACCGGCGGGGCGGCCGGUGAGAGGGCUGUCGGUGCUGCGGCUUUGAGGAGGCUUGGCGAGGACGUGGGACGAGCAGCGUGAGGGGAGAGGGCUUGGCUGGUUUUGUGAAUGAAGCAAUGGCUACAGAUUCCCCCAGAAGACCCAGUCGUUGUACUGGUGGAGUCGUGGUUCGCCCUCAGGCUGUCACGGAGCAGUCCUACAUGGAAAGUGUCGUGACUUUUCUGCAGGAUGUUGUGCCCCAGGCUUACAGUGGAACACCUCUAACAGAAGAAAAGGAGAAAAUAGUCUGGGUCAGAUUUGAAAAUGCAGAUUUAAAUGAUACAUCAAGAAACCUGGAAUUUCAUGAAAUACAUAGCACAGGGAAUGAGCCACCUUUGCUGAUUAUGAUUGGCUACAGUGAUGGAAUGCAGGUCUGGAGCAUCCCUAUCAGUGGGGAAGCACAGGAGCUUUUUUCUGUUCGACAUGGCCCAAUUCGAGCAGCUAGAGUCUUGCCUGCUCCACAGUUUGGUGCUCAGAAGUGUGACAACUUUGCUGAAAAAAGGCCCCUCCUUGGUGUUUGUAAGAGCACUGGAUCUUCUGGCACAAGCCCACCUUACUGUUGUGUGGAUUUAUAUUCACUUCGUACUGGGGAGAUGGUCAAGUCCAUUCAGUUUAAAACACCUAUCUAUGAUCUCCAUUGCAACAAAAGGAUCCUUGUCGUAGUAUUGCAGGAGAAAAUUGCUGCCUUUGAUAGCUGUACUUUCACAAAAAAGUUUUUUGUCACAAGCUGCUACCCUUGUCCCGGGCCCAACAUGAAUCCUAUUGCUCUUGGGAGCCGCUGGCUUGCUUAUGCAGAAAACAAGUUGAUUCGAUGUCAUCAGUCCCGUGGUGGAGCCUGUGGAGACAACAUUCAGUCUUAUACUGCCACAGUCAUUAGUGCUGCUAAAACAUUGAAAACUGGCCUGACAAUGGUUGGGAAGGUGGUGACUCAGCUGACAGGCACGCUGCCUUCAGGUGUGACAGAAGAUGAUGUUGCCAUCCAUAGUAAUUCAAGGCGGAGUCCUCUGGUCCCAGGCAUCAUCACAGUAAUCGACACUGAGACAGUUGGAGAGGGCCAGGUGCUUGUGAGUGAGGAUUCUGACAGCGAUGGCAUCGUGGCCCAUUUCCCUGCUCAUGAAAAACCAGUGUGCUGUAUGGCUUUUAAUACGAGCGGAAUGCUUCUAGUCACAACAGAUACCCUUGGCCAUGACUUCCAUGUCUUCCAAAUUUUGACUCAUCCUUGGUCCUCAUCACAAAGUGCUGUCCAUCAUCUGUAUACUCUUCACAGGGGAGAAACUGAAGCCAAAGUACAAGACAUAUGCUUCAGCCAUGACUGUCGCUGGGUUGUGGUCAGUACACUCCGGGGGACUUCCCACGUUUUCCCAAUCAACCCUUAUGGUGGCCAGCCUUGUGUUCGAACACAUAUGUCACCACGAGUGGUAAAUCGUAUGAGCCGUUUCCAGAAGAGUGCUGGGCUGGAAGAGAUUGAACAGGAACUGACGUCUAAGCAAGGAGGUCGCUGUAGCCCUGUUCCAGGCUUAUCCAGCAGCCCUUCUGGAUCUCCUCUGCACGGGAAACUCAACAGCCAAGACUCCUACAAUAAUUUUGCCAACAACAACCCUGGCAACCCCCGGCUUUCUCCUCUCCCCAGCCUGAUGGUAUUGAUGCCUCUUGCACAAAUCAAGCAGCCAGUGACAUUGGGGACCAUCACCAAACGAACAGGCAAAGUUAAACCACCUCCACAAAUUUCACCCAGCAAAUCAAUGGGCGGAGAAUUUUGCGUGGCUGCGACGUUUGGGACAUCCCGAUCGUGGUUUGCAAAUAAUGCAGGUCUGAAAAGAGAAAAAGAUCAGUCCAAACAAGUUGUAGUUGAAUCCCUCUACAUUAUUAGCUGCUACGGGAACUUAGUGGAGCACAUGAUGGAGCCACGACCGCUUAGCACUGCACCCAAGAUCAGCGAUGACACCCCACUGGAAAUGAUGACAUCUCCCCGAGCCAGCUGGACUCUGGUUAGAACUCCUCAAUGGAAUGAAUUGCAACCACCAUUUAACGCAAACCACCCUCUGCUCCUCGCUGCAGAUGCAGUACAGUAUUAUCAGUUCCUGCUUGCUGGCCUGGUUCCCCCUGGAAGUCCAGGGCCCAUUACUCGGCAUGGGUCCUAUGACAGUUUAGCUUCUGACCAUAGUGGACAGGAAGAUGAAGAGUGGCUGUCUCAGGUAGAAAUUGUAACGCACACCGGACCCCACAGACGUCUGUGGAUGGGUCCCCAGUUCCAGUUCAAAACCAUCCAUCCCUCAGGCCAAACCACAGUCAUAUCAUCCAGUUCAUCUGUGUUGCAGUCUCAUGGUCCAAGUGAUACUCCACAGCCCCUUUCGGAUUUUGAUACAGAUGAUCUUGAUCUCAACAGUCUCAGGAUCCAGCCAGUCCGCUCUGACCCAGUCAGCAUGCCAGGGUCAUCCCGUCCAGCGUCUGAUCGAAGGGGGAUUUCCACCGUGACCGAUACUGCCUCAGGUACCUUCGACCGGAGCGUGACCCUGCUGGAGGUGUGUGGGAGCUGGCCGGAGGGCUUCGGGCUACGGCACAUGGCCUCCAUGGAGCACACGGAGGAGGGCCUGCGGGAGCGGCUGGCCGAUGCCAUGGCCGAGUCACCGAGCCGGGACGUGGUGGGAUCCGGAACAGCACUUGCUUCAUGCCUGCCCACAGCUCUCAUGUGAUCAUUGGCAAAUGAACAGAAUAGAUGCAAGAGAGGGAGUUGGCUAGAGAUGGAGAGGUGCUUUACCUGGCCACAGGAGACAGCCAUCUCUGAGUACCAGGCCCCCUCCACGCCCCCUCCUUCCCUGGAAAGGAAGACGUGCACCAUGGAAGCUGCAACCAGCCAUGUCCCACCCCCUCGACUCCCACAAGCACAGACGUGGGCACGCCACCUCUCCGCCCCCAUUGUAAAGCCAUCCACCUGGUGCACGGCAGGUCAUCAUGCCACUGUUCUCCCGCCCGGAUCCGGAGAUGAGCAGCAGCUGUGCCACUCACAGGGGCUCUAACCCCAUUUUGCUUGGAAGCUGGCCGAAGGGAGAAAAUCUUUUCCCUUUCUGAACCUGGCUCGUAGCACAGCUUUCCCCUACAUCUCUGGGGCCCUGGCCAGCCCCAGCUUACACAAACCAGAACUGGUGGCACCAGACACACUCCCAAGGAGGCACCCUUCCAGGGGCCAGAGCAGCUCUGGGUCAGCUCUCCUCCCCAGCCGCCUUCCUCAGAAGCCACUUAGAGCACCUCCGUGUCGUCCAGCAACAGAUUGGAAGUCUUGGAAGGCGCAUUCAGGCAGAGUUGGGGAACUUCAGCCUGGCACAGACCAUUAGUAACCUGAGCGAAGCUGGCAGCCAUUCAUCUGCCAGACAGCUGAAGGAUUCGGGAGAGUCUUUGUGGCCUUAAGCAGGUUCAUGAAAUUAAAAAAAAGAGAGAGAGAGAGAGAGAGAGGAAAUUAAAACUGCAUGACCCAUAGGUCAGAAAAUAGGAGAUGCCCUUUUUGAGCAGAGGGAUUUCAUUUUCCUCCCCAAACUGUCACCAAAUGGGAUUCAUUUGGUUUGCUUUGACCAAAUUAAAUCUAUCAAUCUAUAUGUGUGCACAUAUAUGUAUGUUUUUGUUCUUGUUUUUAAACUCCGCCUCGAUUUUAAAGGCCAAUAAGUUAAGCAGAUAUUAUGGAAGUUAACCUGUUCCCCUCUGCCUUUAUUGAGAAUCAGUUUUCACAUUUUGCAACUCCAGAUAAAGUA